AUGCCCGCUGAGGUUAUUUUGAUGUUUGAUGCUGCAGGGGUUCUUACGACUUCUCCCUAUCCAGCGACGCGGCGACUUGCAGAGACGUUGAUGCGGUGCGUCUUUGAGCGUGCGGGGGCGCACCACGUGGCGUUUGUGGGCAACGGCUCCCCCGCACUGCUGGCGCAGAACUACUCCAACCUCUACUCUCUCAUUCGAAACUUCACGGAGAAGGUGCGGGGCACACGGUGCGCCUUCGAGCGACUGGAGCUGGGCGAGAUCAACCGUGUACAGUUCGUUCCGUUGUACCACGCGGAGAUGGACUUUAUGUUGACAGCGCUCUCCAAGCAAAACAUGGAGGAGCUGGAGUCCCUGCAAAUCAUGCACCCCACACGCGUGGCGCCCAUACGGAACCGCUACCCACUCCUUGCGGACCCACUGGUGCAGGAGCUGCUGCGGGAGCUGAUGGACCCCGAGGCGUACUUGUGCACAAUCGAGAAGGUGACCCCCAGACGCAAUGUGUUGAACCUUUUGCACUACCUGCGUAUGAAGAGUCAGCAAGAGAUUCGCCUUGUGGUGGUGACAAACACAUGGGAGGUGGAGGGGCAGUACGCGCGCAUGAGUAAGGCGAUGUUGCACAGCAUGAGCGAGAUGAAGUGGUCCAACUUUCCCACCACCUGCCCGAUUGACUACGGCGGCGGCAAAGGAAGGUCUUCGUUCGUCAUCAAUGGCCUCUUUGAUUCCUUUGUGCAGAGUUACACCUUUCACAAACGCAAGCCGUUUCCCGACAUCUUUUACCACGCCAUUGAGGAGACAAUGAAAAGCCGCAUGCUGUCCAGAGAAUCCUUCGCGUAUGACGUCAAGCCGCACAUCUUCUUGUUUGAUGACGUCCUUGAGAACUGCGAAACCGCCCGCCAUCUUUCGGACAGCCCCUUUGAGAGGGUCUACUACGUUGAGAAUGGAGCGUAUGACGUGUACGAGGAUGUGCUGAGUGCACUGAAUACGGUGGGUGAAGUCGAUCCUUUUUGGGCAGAUGUGGCGGCGGGGGUGCAAAAGGAAAUGGCGCCGUUUUUUAAACCACCACGUGACGCAAAUGGAAACCCGACGUCGUGGAUCAACGAGGAGAUGAAUGACUACAACUCCAAUCUACUAUUUCUGCCUCCACCGUUCUGCUAUGCCUGUGAGCCACGUGGAUUGUUUGAGCCCAAAAAGUUUCUUGACGAGGAUGAUAAGGACGCCAUCCUUUUCUACUGCGCACAGCACCUGCCACAGCUAUUUCCCCUUGAGAUUCCUAGCACUCACACGGAGAAUUUGCAGCUUAUGCGCAAGCCAGGCUUUGCUACUUCUUGUGGUCCCAUUGUUUUUGAGCCGAUGCGGGGAAUUGGGUUCUUCAAGACGUACCGCAUCACCCUUCGCACUGGCAGUUACGUGCUGCGUGUGCAACCCCGUGGACCUGUGCCGCACGGAACCCUUGACAUCCGCACGGAGUAUGAGAUGAUGCGGUACCUGUACCACAAUUCCGAUGUCCCCAUUGCGAAGUGUUUACUCUACUGUGAUUCCUAUGCAGCGUGUGGUCAUCGAUUCUCGCUGCGUCGCUUUGUUGAGGGAGAGGUCAUUACUGACAUGCGGAAGCUCACUCAACCUCGAAUUCAACGCCCGUAUUCGUUGCGUCGCCAACACAUCAACGUUGAGCUCAACCCCAACCUCUUCUUCAUGAAGGCGGUGGAGAUGCUGUCUCGAAUUCACGCGACGCCGCCACCCCGCUUUCUCUCCCGGACGAGAGCGGAACGCAUCAGUAGCGCCAGUGCUACAGGCAGCCCUGUCCACCCGCUAAUAGAGAUUAUAAAGGACUUGGUGGUGCAGUACAAGGCUGUGGUGGGCACUGCAAAGCUACCGGAUGGCUCAUAUGUGCUUCACUCCAAGAAAGUGGAGCUCUUAUCAAAGGCGCUACUGGACCGCUUUGACGAAACACGGCUGGGGAAUACGUCGAUCCCGUUCCCGGAGCAGCUUGUGCUGAUACACGGCGACUACAAGUUGCGAGAUCUUCUCUUCUCCUACCGCUCCUUUGAGGGCAGGCACAAAUACCCGGCGCAAAUUAUCGGAGUGAUGAAUUUUACCUCCGUUGCCACAGGUGACCCAUUGGUUGACGUGGCCAGUUUGGCUCUUACAGCAUUGCUUCCGCGUCCGGCUGGCAUUUGUGAUAUGCCAAUGAAAAUGCGGUCAUUGUUUCCCACACCAGGGUGGAUACUGGACAGGUACUGCUGCGCCCGUGGGUACAUGCAGACGAUUACCAAAAAGAAGCGAGAGGCCAUUUUUGCCGUGUAUCUUGCCACCGCGUGCCUCCGGUACGCCGUCAACACGUUAUCUGACCUUGGCGAGAUAUUUCAGGUGUAUGACUGUAUUCCGCUGGCGGAGUCAAGGAACUUGUCACUCGCUGAGCAGGUGUUGCAACAAGGGCUUCUUGUGAUGGGAAAACGUCCCUCCCGGCUCUAA